AUGAACAUAAACUUUUUAAAUCACCUCUCUCAAAUAAGAUUAGUAAUCCCAAGUACAAUGGUCCAUAACCCAAUAAGUAUACUUGUGCUUCUACUCUCGUUGCUGACAAUUGUGUUAGCGGGGGAGGAUUAUUAUAAAAUCCUUGGAGUUGAUAGAAAUGCGGACGAAAAAGAGAUUAGAAAUGCAUAUCGUCAGUUAAGUAAGAAAUAUCAUCCUGACAAAAAUCCAGGGGACGAAAAUGCACAGCAUAAAUUUAUGGAGAUUUCUAAUGCCUAUGAUACUCUAAUGGAUGAAGAGAAAAGGAGAAUAUAUGAUCAGUAUGGUGAGGAAGGUCUGCAAGGUGGUGCUGGGAACCAUAGAGGAGGCGGAGGUGGCGGAGGUGGCGGUUUUGGUGGGGAUCCUUUUGCACAGUUCUUUGGAGGAGGGUUCAGGCGUGGACCUCAAAGAGCACCAGAUGUCACUUCAGAGAUAACAUUCACGUUAAGGGAUUUUUAUAAUGGUAAGAAUGUCGACAUCCAAAUCAACAUGGUUGGUAAAUGUGAAAAGUGUAAUGGCUCAGGAUCGUCAGAUAAGAGUAGAACCCAAUGUACACAAUGUGGAGGGCAUGGUAGAUUGGUACAGAGAAUGAAUUUAGGUAAUGGGAUGAUUCAGCAAUUUGAAGUUCCAUGUCCAAAAUGUAAUGGUGAAGGUCACAUCAUCAAAAACAAGUGUAGAACCUGUCAUGGUCAAGGAGUGCAUAACCAGGUAAAAACUUUCAACGUGCAUCUCAAUCCAGGCACUCCAAGAAAUUACGUUGAGGUUUUCUCAGGUCAAGGACAAGCACAGCCACGAAUGGAACCUGGUGAUUUACGUUUACAGUUGAAGGAAGACAAGACAGAUAAUGAUGGCUAUCGUAGGGUUGGCAGUAAUUUAUAUAGAACAGAGGCAUUGACGUUGAAGGAAGCGUUAUUGGGAGGAUGGGAAAUUAAAAUACCAUUUUUUGAUCAAUACGAUCCUUUUUUGACACUAUCAAGAAAGAAAGGGGUAAUGGUCCAAAAUGGUGAAGUGGAAGUUAUUAAAGGUAAAGGUAUGCCCAUAUUCCAUGGUAAUGAUGAGUACGGUGACUUAUUCAUUGAAUAUGUGGUUGUUUUUCCUACAAAUUCAAAAAAGUUGAAGCAACUACAUGACGAGCUAUAA